CCUACUAAAUAUUAUAGAGUACUGUAUUUGGAUAUUUUAUAAUUUUUGCAUUUCGCAUGCAUUUUGUGCAUUGUGACAAAUUACUAUUUCUUAUAAAUGUACAAAAAUCCGCAGUGUAAUAGUGAUAACCUAAAAUAUAAUAAAGAAUGUACAUACAUACUUAUAUACAUUAUUAUACAUUUUUUUUUAUUAGGAUGAAAAAUCGAUACUCUUGCAGAGAAUCAAGUGGCAUACUUUUCAAAUUUGAUCAGCUGUGAAUCGAAAUUUCAUUGCAGUGUACAAUGACUAGAUCGCUCAUGUUUAUGAAUUUUUGGGAAAUUUAAAAUCUCAAAAAUUUACAAAAUGUAUAUAAUACAUAAAAGAUGUUUUGGAAUGGAUGCUGUGCCAAAUUGAUUUGAUAGGCCGCAGCCAUUCUUGUUUUCGGGACAUUGGCGGUUGGCAACGACGCUUCCAACGUAUUCCAAGGGAUGAAUCGAAUACUGCAGAAACUGUACUUGACUGGCCAAGUAAAAACAGUUUAGAAAGUAUGCGGCCGGAUUCACGUAGCGUUUCGUUCACGUUUCACCGGGAAGUUCUGAAUGUCAAAAAUUCACCGGAGAUCACGAAAAAGCUGAGACGACGCCUCCAGGAUCGUUUCGAGAAGGAAAAGCCCGGAGAUUCCUGUAAGGAGAAAAUGUCAAAAGAUAAGCAAACAGGUGACCGUAGCUGGAACAAUUUAAGUCUUGGAAAUAUGUCAGCGGAUUCUAGACGUGCUCUGCGAAGCGGAGCCGAAAAGUUAUCAAAAACUAUAUCUUCUGUACGUACAACUUUUGGAACUAUUUCACAGAAGUUUAAGAGUUCCACACGUAGACGUCAAAGAUUGGAGGAGCAACAAUCUCCAAAUAGCAUUUGUAAAAUGCAAACUCCCCAGACUCGUUCUCGCCAGCUCCUUGGUAGAACACCAACAAAGCUUUAUAGUCCUUUUGGCAUAGAAUCUCCAAGACAUGCGUGGAACAAAGAGAACAAUGAAACACCAGUGCAUACUCCUCCAGGAAUGAAUACACGAUAUAUCCAAUGUAGGCCAUUCCGUUUCACCAGAGCUAAAGGAUUCUCUAUGUUGAGAUAAAAUCUCUUUCUUUAGUUAUUCUUUUCUUAAAUGUUACUUGAAUGAUCUCUUUAAUUCCCAGCAAUGCAUUCAGGAUUGUGUGCCUUGUGCAACGUACAAUUGAAUUAUUUAUUCGAUUUUAAUUAAGCUAGUGAUCUACUUUGACAUAUUUGUAUCUCUCUAACAUGUUAUCUAUGAUAUCAAACUACUUUACAUGUACAUGUAAUGUAUAAUCUAUUUAUACUUUUUUAUACAUAUUUAUAUUGAUAAUUAUUAUUACUGCAAUAUCAAAUAAAGAAGAAGCAUAAGGAACUCUUUAA